AAUCCUUCAUUCUUGCACCACAGAGGGAAAGAAAGUAACUUCAAGGAAACCAGAGAAGGACUAACAGGAUGGUGGCUACGACAGACUGCGGAGAAAAGUCAAAGCCCAUGUCUGGGCACAAGGUAUCCAAACCACUCAUGGAGAAGAAACGACGAGCUCGCAUAAACAAGUGUUUGGACCAGUUAAAAUCUCUUCUGGAGAGCUACUACAGCAGCAAUAUUCGAAAGCGCAAACUGGAAAAGGCCGACAUCCUGGAGCUCACUGUGAAACAUCUGAGGAACCUCCAAAAGAUCCAGAGCUGCACCGCCGCUGCUUCCGAGUUUUCUGAUUACCAAACUGGCUUCCGUAGUUGUUUGGCAAACGUCAACCAAUACUUGGUGAUGGCAGACACCUUGAAUGGAGGCGACCGCUGGAUGUUAUCGCAGCUCUCCGGUAAACUCUGCCGCUCUCUGGGCCGAGGGGAAGUCUCCAGCACCAUGGACAGCGGCCUGGGCCGAGCUGAGAUCCAGGAUGAGGCGCGGAAACUUCUUCCGUCAGCGGCGGGACCCGAGGAGGGAAACACGGCCAAAUUUAAAGUAGUGAAACCCCACAGCGCAAGCACGUGUCGUUUUCCACCGAGUGAAGACGCACGGCGGUCAGCUGGACCCAAACAGGCUGUAGCUGCUGCGGCGCCCUCACACAACAGUCAUGAGAAAAGUAUCAGUCCCAAGAAGUGUCGGUCUGUCAGUCACAGGAUUGAAGCUGCAAACACUCAGCACAACGUCUGGCGGCCUUGGUAGAGCUGGUGAAAAGCUGUAGAUAUCCUAAAUUAUAGCUUGAUUGAAUGUUUAUAAUUGCAUAUAGAUUUCCACAAUAUGUUAU